CUCGUCGUUGGCUUCCCGGAGUUGCAGAAAAACUAUAUAUGUAAAUGGAACUUUAUCCAUCUGAAAUCUGAAUCAUCUUAUUUAAAACGCCGUUUUGAGCCAGGCUAAGCGCUCUGUUUGCUGAAGGAUCUUGUGGGGAAGCUACUGAGAGGGAGCCAUGUUUCUCUACAACAUCACGCUGCAGCGUGCCACUGGCAUCACCCAUGCCAUCCAUGGAAACUUUUCAGGAACCAAGAUGCAGGAGAUUGUUGUUUCUAGGGGAAAGAUCUUGGAAUUAUUGCGGCCAGAUGCCAACACAGGAAAGGUGCACACUCUGCUCACAGUGGAGGUGUUUGGCAUUAUCAGGUCCCUGAUGGCAUUCAGACUCACUGGAGGAACCAAAGAUUACAUAGUUGUGGGAAGUGACAGCGGCCGUAUUGUCAUCCUGGAAUAUCAUCCAUCGAAAAACAUGUUUGAGAAGAUUCACCAGGAAACGUUUGGAAAGAGCGGCUGUCGGCGCAUUGUUCCUGGACAGUUCCUGGCUGUCGACCCAAAAGGCAGAGCUGUUAUGAUAGGAGCAAUCGAGAAACAGAAGCUGGUUUAUAUUCUGAACAGAGACGCAGCUGCGAGACUGACCAUCUCCUCUCCACUGGAAGCCCAUAAAGCGAACACACUGGUGUACCAUGUUGUCGGAGUCGAUGUUGGCUUUGAAAAUCCCAUGUUUGCUUGCUUAGAAAUGGACUAUGAGGAAGCUGACAAUGACCCAACAGGAGAAGCUGCUGCAAACACGCAACAGACGCUCACUUUUUACGAGCUGGACCUUGGCUUGAAUCAUGUUGUCCGCAAGUACAGCGAGGCUUUGGAAGAGCAUGGAAACUUCCUCAUCACUGUCCCUGGUGGUUCAGAUGGGCCCAGUGGAGUUCUGAUCUGCUCUGAAAACUACAUCACUUACAAGAACUUUGGAGACCAGCCUGACAUCCGCUGUCCCAUCCCGCGACGCAGGAAUGAUCUGGAUGACCCAGAGCGUGGCAUGAUAUUUGUCUGCUCAGCCACCCACAAGACCAAGUCCAUGUUCUUCUUCCUGGCACAGACUGAGCAGGGAGACAUCUUUAAGGUUACCCUGGAGACAGAUGAAGAAAUGGUCACAGAAAUCAGGCUGAAGUAUUUUGACACGAUCCCUGUGGCAACAGCCAUGUGUGUCCUGAAGACCGGCUUCCUGUUUGUGUCGUCAGAGUUUGGAAACCAUUACCUCUACCAGAUCGCUCACUUAGGUGACGACGACGACGAACCUGAGUUCUCAUCUGCAAUGCCAUUGGAAGAGGGAGACACCUUCUUUUUCCAGCCCCGCCCCCUCAAAAACCUAGUGCUGGUGGAUGAGCAGGAGAACUUAUCACCCAUCAUGUCCUGUCAGAUUGCUGAUUUGGCCAAUGAAGACACACCUCAGCUGUAUGUGGCCUGUGGACGAGGUCCAAGGUCAACCCUAAGGGUCCUUCGGCACGGACUCGAGGUUUCAGAGAUGGCUGUGUCUGAGCUGCCCGGUAACCCCAACGCUGUGUGGACAGUACGCAGACACGUGGAAGAUGAGUUUGACGCCUACAUCAUCGUGUCUUUCGUCAACGCUACUCUGGUUCUGUCCAUCGGGGAGACUGUAGAGGAAGUGACAGAUUCUGGAUUUCUGGGAACAACGCCCACUCUCUCCUGCUCCCUGCUGGGUGAAGAUGCCUUGGUGCAAGUGUACCCAGACGGCAUCCGCCACAUCAGAGCAGACAAGCGUGUGAACGAGUGGAAGACUCCUGGGAAAAAAACAAUUGUCCGCUGCGCUGUGAACCAGCGGCAGGUGGUGAUCGCCCUCACUGGAGGAGAGCUGGUCUACUUUGAGAUGGACCCGUCCGGCCAGCUGAAUGAGUACACAGAGCGGAAAGAGAUGUCUGCAGAUGUGGUUUGCAUGAGCCUGGCUAACGUCCCACCUGGUGAGCAACGCUCUCGAUUCCUGGCUGUUGGACUGGUUGACAACACUGUUCGAAUCAUCUCCCUGGACCCUUCGGACUGCCUGCAGCCGCUGAGUAUGCAGGCCCUGCCAGCCCAGCCAGAGAGUCUGUGUAUCGUAGAGAUGGGAGGCGUCGAGAAACAGGAUGAACUUGGAGAAAAGGGAACCAUCGGAUUCCUCUACCUCAACAUUGGACUUCAGAAUGGUGUGCUGCUCAGGACUGUGUUGGACCCAGUAACCGGUGACCUGUCGGAUACAAGAACACGCUACUUGGGGUCACGACCUGUCAAACUCUUCAGAGUCAGGAUGCAGGGACAGGAAGCUGUGCUGGCAAUGUCCAGUCGUUCCUGGCUCAGCUACUCGUACCAGUCUCGCUUCCAUCUGACCCCUCUGUCAUAUGAGACUCUGGAGUACGCCUCUGGCUUUGCCUCUGAGCAAUGCCCAGAAGGUAUAGUGGCCAUCUCCACCAACACACUGAGAAUCUUGGCUUUGGAGAAGUUAGGGGCUGUCUUCAACCAGGUGGCCUUUCCUCUGCAGUGCACCCCCAGAAAAUUUGUUAUCCACCCGGAGACCAACAACCUCAUUUUGAUUGAGACUGACCACAAUGCCUACACCGAGGCGACCAAAGCUCAGCGAAAGCAGCAGAUGGCUGAGGAGAUGGUGGAGGCUGCUGGCGAGGAUGAAAGAGAACUGGCCGCUGAGAUGGCCGCUGCCUUCCUCAACGAGAAUCUCCCAGAAGCCAUCUUUGGUGCACCUAAAGCUGGAGCCGGGCAGUGGGCCUCACUGGUGCGUCUGGUCAACCCCAUACAGGGUUCCACAUUGGACCAGGUGCAACUGGAACAGAACGAAGCUGCAUUCAGUGUGGCCGUGUGUCGUUUCACCAACACAGGAGACGAUUGGUAUGUUCUGGUUGGUGUUGCCAGAGACAUGAUUCUCAACCCCAGAUCAGUGGCUGGUGGCUUUAUCUACACCUAUAGGCUGAUUGGUGGAGGGGAGAAGCUGGAGUUUGUUCACAAGACCCCGGUGGAGGACGUGCCUUUGGCCAUUGCUCCAUUCCAGGGACGAGUCCUGGUGGGGGUUGGGAAACUGCUGAGAAUCUAUGACCUGGGCAAAAAGAAGCUGCUUCGCAAAUGUGAAAAUAAGCACGUACCCAACCUGGUGACUGGUAUCCAUACCAUCGGCCAGCGUGUAAUUGUGACAGACGUCCAGGAGAGUCUGUUCUGGGUUCGUUAUCGACGUAACGAGAACCAGCUCAUCAUCUUUGCUGACGACACAUAUCCACGCUGGGUGACAACGGCCUGUCUGCUCGACUAUGACACCAUGGCCUCCGCUGACAAGUUCGGGAACAUCAGCAUUGUGCGUCUUCCCCCCAACACCAGUGAUGAUGUGGAUGAAGACCCCACAGGGAACAAAGCUUUAUGGGACAGAGGCCUGCUUAAUGGAGCGUCACAGAAGGCUGAGGUCAUAAUGAACUACCACGUAGGAGAGACAGUGUUAUCUCUCCAGAAAACCACUCUGAUUCCUGGAGGUUCAGAGUCCUUGGUUUACACCACACUGUCUGGAGGCAUCGGCAUACUGGUCCCAUUCACCUCACAUGAGGAUCAUGACUUUUUCCAGCAUUUAGAGAUGCACAUGCGCUCUGAAUUCCCUCCACUGUGCGGUAGAGACCAUCUCAGCUUUAGAUCCUACUACUUCCCGGUUAAGAAUGUGAUUGAUGGAGAUCUGUGCGAGCAGUUUAACAGUAUGGACCCUCACAAGCAGAAGAGUGUGGCAGAAGAGCUGGACAGAACGCCACCAGAGGUCUCUAAGAAACUGGAGGAUAUUCGCACUCGCUACGCUUUCUAAUCAUACACACAGCCUCACCUUCACCUAGAAGGGAUGGACGAAUACACCUUUUAUAAGACUAUUACACCUGCUGCUGUGCCACAGUAUGCCCCUUUAAGGACACAGAUUGAUGGAGACUUACGGAUUGCUCUAUGAAAAAUGUUCAAGAUGUCACAAAUAUUGAUUUUAUUUCCCACACAUUGGUCAGUUAGGCUGCCAGUCAAACGCACCUUUACUUUGCCAAUGCAAAGGACUAUUCAAAACUAAAACUAAAAUGUGUGUGAACAGUCACCCACACAGUGAUGUGAAAUGUCAUCCUGUCAUUCCCCCAUAUACAUACUUUCUGACAAAAUUACUGUGAAUGUUGUGUCAGAUUUUCCACACCUCCCCUGUGCUGGUGUCAGCACAAACUACACAUAUGCAGCGAUACCAUACCAAGCUAACAUUACAGGGAAACAUCACAGGAAGUCUUGGUCAUUAGCUCACUUAACAUUGUGAAAUUGUGGUGUCAUAAUUACCUCCAUUCACACGUAUAGCUGUGUGAACAGCCUUCACACACAGAUGUGUGAAUAGAAUUCACACAUCUGUGUGCGACGCUUUUGCGCUGUCACCCGCACACUUUGAGCACGUACAUACUGAUCCCAAAUCAUCUGUCAUCAUCUGUAAGCAAGUGAAAAACAUUUUUAUUUAAAGAUGUUUUAACUCAUGUCAAGUAGAAAAGACUAGUUAUUCCCUAAUGGACACAAUGUGUAGAGAUUGGAUUCCAUGCUGCUUGGACAGAAGACCCUUGAGAGCUGAGCAUAUUUUUAUUGUCUGUAACAGGUUGUUUAGUGAGAAGGUGAUUAUCAUUUUGUGUGUCCUCCAUUUUUGAUUUCAGCAAAACAUGUUUUUGUAUGGUGUGAUUAUUUUAAUGUGUAUUGAUUGGAAUGAUCUGUUAUGAUGCAUUUACCGUAGUCCCAGACGGUAUUAUUAAAAUCUUUCUUAGCCCCUGGCCCUACCUAUGUCUAGUUGAUAACAUUGGCCCCAGGCUCAUUAAAUCACUUUGCUCACUCGCAGCUGGGAACCAGACAGAAGCCGACCUUUAACCAAGUCCAGGCCACGGAAGAAGUGUUGCCAUAAUGUGGCAUUAGACGAUGGGUGAACUCAGACUAAAUAAGUGGGUGGAAGAAUACUGAAGGUUUGCACUGGGUGUUGUUCUUCUCAGUCCUGUAAAUUCCCAACCUCAGCCACAGGCACAGACAUAGCAUUCCACGGUAGUCACUGAAUUUAGGGGUUUGUGGGACAGGGGCAGUGGUCUGUUUUGUAAAUAAAGAUGUUUUUUUGUACUUUA